AUGGCCGCCGAUGGACCUCGCCCUGGCUUCCUGGGCAACAUCAAUCCGACUCAAGAAGCGAACCUGCAGAAACUAUGGUCAGUUUUGCUGAAGGCAGCUGAAGCUCCAUCAGGAGAGGAAGACUCCAAACCGGCGACGGCCGGCACCGAGGAGAAUGCCAGCCCACCCCAACCCCAGCGACGACUUUCUCUCCUGAGUCGUACUCAGAGCAACGUAUCCGAUACUGCGAGCGUCAUCCCUGCUGGUCCCUACCAACAAAAGAUCCUGACCUACAUUAAGGAGCUGGGCGCCAAUCCACCCGAGACCAAAGCCAUCCAAAAGGCAUUAUCGGAUAUUACUCCUAGUGAGCUUCGCUUAGGGGUCUUGGAUACUCUCAAGCACGACCAUCCCGACGCAAUGCUCCUGCGAUUCCUGCGGGCUCGAAAGUGGGAUGUCCCCAAGGCGUUUGCGAUGAUGAUGGAGGCAAUCGUCUGGCGGGUCAAGGAGAUGCAUGUCGAUGGGGACGUGAUGGCCAAGGGUGAGCUCCAUGCCCUCAAGCAGUCCCGGAGCAACUCCAAUCCCGCCGAGCAAAAGGCGGGCAAAGACCUUUUAGCCCAAAUGCGCAUGGGCAAGGGUUAUGUGCAUGGCACCGAUCGACUGGGCCGCCCAAUUGUGGUGGUCAAAGUGCGUCUACACAAGCCCGGUGCGCAGAGCGAGGAAACCCUCGAACGCUACAUCGUCCAUGUCAUUGAGUCUGUGCGAUUGACCCUGUCACCACCGGUCGAGACAGCGGCUGUUUUGUUUGACAUGACCGGGUUCUCUCUAUCCAACAUGGAGUAUCCGCCCGUUAAGUUUAUCUUGAAAUGCUUCGAAGCAAAUUACCCAGAAUCCCUCGGUAUUCUAUUGAUCCACAACGCGCCAUGGGUGUUUUCAGGCAUAUGGAGACUGAUUCGGGGCUGGAUGGACCCCGAUAUUGCCGCCAAGGUCGCCUUCACCAACAGUACGGAUGAUCUGGAAAAGUUCAUUCCUCGAGAUCAAAUCGUGGAGGAGCUCGGCGGCAACGAGAAGUGGAAAUACGAAUACAUAGAGCCCGAUGCAAAGGAAAACGACAAAAUGAAUGAUACGACGACACGGGACGCCCUUCUUGCCGAGCGGGAGCAAAUUGGCGAGGUAUUCCUAAGUACCACCUCGUCCUGGAUUGAAGCAAGUAAAUCCAAGGAUGCCAACAAGGUCCAAGCGAGCGAGAGCCAGAGAGCCUUUUUAGCGGAGAGGCUGCGAGUCAAUCACUGGAAGCUGGACCCCUAUGUCCGAGCGCGUCUUUGCCUGGACCGCAUGAGAGUCAUCCAAGAAGGUGGCAAGAUCAAUUUCUAUCCCAAAGAUACACCUGCGGAGAACGUCACAGAGGUGGCCAAGGCAUCGGAAGUGAAGCAUUUGGAAAGCGUCGAUGGCAACUCUGCGCAGGCCACUGUAUCUUAA